AUGACUUCAUUAGAAGAAGAGGUUGCAUCUCUGAAACAGGGUUGUGCUAAGCAAGAACAAUCCCUAAUCGAGCAAAGAGAAAUCCUCAACCAGAUUCUUCAGAAAUCAUCUACAAGGGAUCCACACUCCAAUUUGCAUCCAAAUGAAGGUCCAAGAGAGGAACCAACGCAACCUCAUAAUGGCACCACUCAUUCAAGCCAAGCUUCACAAGAUGGCCAAACACAGAUAAAUCAAAGAAUAGAGUUACCAGUUUUCCAAAGAGAGAGCCCUGAGGGAUGGAUCAGGUGGGCUGAGAGAUAUUUCUGCCUAAACCCUAUGUCAGAGCAUGAUAGACUCAAGCAAAUUAUGUUGAGUAUGGAGGGAGAAGCUCUUGAAUGGUAUUUUUGGAUGGAAGACAGGUUUCCAUUCCAAGAUUGGCACGACAUCAAGAGUCAAUUGGGGAAACGGUUCAAGACAUCUGAGAUGGAGAGUUCACUACAACAACUAAUGAGCUUACAACAAGCCACAUCAGUAAGAGAAUUCAGGGCUGAAUUUGAACGAAUUUCAGCCUUUCUACCUCAUAUAAACACAAAAGUAUUAGAAGAUGCAUACGUGAGGGGCUUGAAACCGGACAUCAGAUUGGAAUUGGCAAUGCAUAAGCCCUUGGGACUCAGAGAAACAAUGGAUCUAUCAAUCCAAGCUGAGCUUCAUCUUCAGGAAAUCCGAAAUAGCAGAAUGAAUUCUUUAGGAAACAAGUGAUUACAAAGCUUGAACCACCUCAACCUCAUUAUGACUAUUACAAAAGAGAAUUCUAGAAUACAAAAUAACAGAGGUAAUUACAGGAAGGAGUAUCAGGAUUCAACUAAAGGCACAUCAAAGGGAAAUUCUGUGACAUCCAAGCCACUUUUGAGUAACUGCAAGAUACUCAAGUUGACGGAUCAAGAAUUUCAAAAGAGAAGAGAUAAGGGAUUAUGCUACUACUACAAUGAAAAUUUCGCUCCAGGGCAUCAUUGUAAAAAGGAGUUGAAUAUUAUUAUUGUGGAUGAAGACCAAAAGAGUGUAGAAAACUAUUUGAUCAAGCCAUAUCCAACACGGAUGAGAAGAGUGCAGAAGAGUGCAGAGGACAACACUGAUGAAGGAUGGAAACUAUUUGAUCAAGCCAUAUCCAACACGGAUGAGAAGAGUGCAGAAGAGUGCAGAGGACAACACUGAUGAAGGAUGGGAACUAUUUGAUCAGGCCAUAUCCAACACGGGUGAGAAGGCUUUCACUGCACACCUAUCUUUAAAUUCAGUCAUGGGAAUUACUCAACAGGGGACUAUGAAACUAUGGGGCAAAAUUUAUGACACCGAGGUGUCAAUACUCAUUGACAGUGGGGCAACUCACAAUUUCUUGUGCACCAAAAUAAUUGAUAACUUAUCCUUACAAAUGGAGAAGUUAAAUGACUACAACAUAAUUAUGGGCAACAGUAACACAGUGGUAGGUGCAGCAAUUUGCAAGGUUAUCCCUCUCCAGGCGCAAAGUGUUUUGAUAGUACAAGAUUUUUUACCACUAGAGUUGAGUGGCACGGAUGUGAUCCUAGGCAUACAACGGUUGAAAACUUUAGGGUGGAUCUUUUCCAACUAUGAGAAGUUCAUAAUGAGAUUCAUGAUGGGAGGCAAAAUUCACAUCUUCAAAGGGGACCCUAGUAUUAAAAAAUAAGUACGUUACAAAGAAGAGCAGAGAAGGAACUUAAGAGUAGUAAGGCAUAUAUGGUUGAAUUACAUCAUAUUCACUCACGUAGAGACCCUAAUGCACCCAACGAUUUAGAAAUCAGUCUAAAACAAGAAUUUCCCAAAGUUUUUGAAGUAUUGACAGGAAUGCCACUUGAGUACCCUGUUGACCAUGCCAUACAUCUAUUACCAAGAACAAAACCUAUUAACUUGAGGCCUUACAAAUACUCUCAUUUCUAGAAAAACGAAAUUGAGACACUUGUCCAAGAACUUAUAUCAACAAAGGUUAUACAACCUUCACAUAGUCCUUAUGCGAGCCCUACAUUAUUAGUCAAGAAGAAAGAUAACAGAUGGAGAUUUUGUAUAGAUUAUAGAGCGUUGAACCGAGCUACAGUUCCUGACCGUUACCCCAUUCUAGUUGUAGAUGAGCUGCUAGAUGAAUUAUAUGGGAAAUCAGGUUUUUCAAAAAUGGAUUUAAAAUCAGGAUAGUAUCAGAUCAGAAUGAAAAAAGAUGUACCUAAGACUGCAUUUAAGACUCAUCAUGGCCAUUAUGAAUUUAAAGUAAUGUCUUUUGGAUUAUCAAAUGCACCUACAACCUUUCAAUCGCUAAUGAACCAAAUAUUUAUUUCAAUGUCAAUUGAGGCAAUUCAUAUUGAUUUUCUUUGAUGAUAUACUUGUGUACAACAUCACAAUGACUGAACACUUGCAGAAUAUGAGGAAGGUGUUGGGACCGUUCUCAAGCAACAAGGGUGCCUGAUAGUUUAUUUCAAUCAAGCACUUCUAAGAAGAGCCAAAUUGAAAUCAGCCUAUGAACAGGAGUUAAUGGCUUUAGUGUUGGCAGUAAGGAAACGGAGACAUUAUCUUAUGUGUCAGCAUUUUAUCAUCAAAACAGACCAGUACAGUCUUAAAGUCUUACUUGAACAGAAGAAAAUCCAUGUUGAAUAUCAUAAAUGGUUGGUAAAAUUGAUGGGCUAUAGUUUUGAAAUUAAAUAUAAGGAAGAGAAGAUUAAUCAAGCCGCAGAUGCAUUACCCCAAUGUCCAUUAUUACUGCAAGCUAAACUAAAUGAGGCAAUAGCACAUCACACCAUUGAUCUCGAAGAUGUCCGACUAGUAGUGGACCAAGACACUAAGCUUGUAGAGAUUAAAACUUCCUUGUCUAAAGGAGAUACAACAAAAGAAUUAUAUUCUUUGAAGGAUGGAUCCUUGCUAUAUAAAGAAAGGUUGGUUCUAUCAACACAUUCCCCUUUAACUACCAGAGUGUUACAAUUAUUUCAUGAUACCCCGGUGGGGGGUCAUGCUGGAUUUCAAAAGACAUACCAUAGAAUUUCACAACAAUUCUAUUGACAAGAAAUGAAGAGAGAUAUAAAGGCAUAUAUCAGCAAUUGCCCUACUUGCUUACAGUGCAAAUCUUCUUCACUAUCUCCAGUGAGACUUCUGCAGCCAUUGCCUAUACCUACCCAAAUAUGGGAAGACCUUUCAAUGGAUUUUAUUGAAGGCUUACCUAAAUCACAUGGGUCGAAUGUCAUACUAGUAGUAGUAGAUAGAUUAAGUAAGUACAGUCAUUUCAUUGUCCUACAUCAUCCAUUCUCAGCCAAGGAGGUCACUCAAUUAUUCAUCAAGGAAAUCGUAAGGCUCCAUGGGUUUUCAAAGGCAGUGGUCUCCGACAGGGGACGAAUAUUCUUAAGUACAUUUUGGCGUGAACUACACACUACAAGGAACUAAACUCAAAUUCAGCUCCUCUUACCACCCUCAAACAGAUGGACAAACUGAAGUCAUCAAUAGGUGCUUGAAAAAUUACUUGAGAUGUGUGGUAUUUGAUAAACCGAAGCAAUGAAAAUUAUGGCUUCAUUGGGCAGAAUAUAGUUACAGUACUUCCUAUCAUUCUUCUACUAAAAUGACUCCUUUCCGAGCAGUCUAUGGUAGGGACCCGUGGAAACUUAUCAAAUAUGGAACAUCCCCUUCAUUACUUGAUGCCAUCAAUCAACUACUCACGGAAUGAGAUGCUAUCCUUAAGAUUUUGAAAUUCAACUUGCACAAAGCACAAGUGAGGAUAAAAUUUAAUAUAGAUAAGUAUUGUCAAGAAGUGGAAUUAGAGGUGGGUGAUUUGGUCUUCCUCAAGAUCAAACCAUAUUGGAUGAAAUCUCUAGCAAAAAAGGAAAACGAGAAGUUAAACCCUCGCUAUUUUGGUUUGUAUCCUAUUAUGAAAAGAAUUGGACCAGUGGCAUAUAAACUCCAAUUGUCCAACCAUUUAGAUGUUCAUACAGUGUUCCAUAUAUCCCAGCUCAAAAAGACACUAAGAAUAGACAACAUAAGCCAAUCAAUUCCCUCGACACUAUUAGAAGAACAAAAAUGGAUACUCAUUCCAAAUGACAUAAAAUCUCACAGGUUGACUCCUCAAGAUAGAGAUAUUAGUUUCAUGAAAACAUCUUCCAGAGUUUAA